AUGAAUGGAGUCGAUAUAAAACUUGAAGGGCGAGCCCUCGAUGUGGUCGUUAUUGUGCUUAAUGUGAAGCUCGUAAUUACCCUCUUGUUUUGGGUCGUAUCUGACACUAAUGGUGCCAUCGUGGUUGUCCACUAUAGUCGGCUUAUCGCUGCCACUGGCCUGCGUUCCCGGCAUAAUGACCACUGGCCGCGCACUCACACAACUGCCCUCAAAGUAUUGGUUUAUAACAACGGGUUGACUGCUUGUCAACAAUGGCUGUUCUCCAACCCCGAAGUUUUCGGUGGAGAUCGCAGUGACCGUACGAUUGGUCCGAUUGGCCGUCAAACACAACACGAGAAUCAGGCGCUCAUUAAUGCGAUCGUAGAGACAAUUAUGAGAUAUAAUGUAUACAUCGUAUACAAAUUCUGUAUAUCGCAGGCCAUAGACAUGUAUGAGAGUGUGGGCACAGGAGCCGAAUUUUACUGUAAUUCAAUGGUGUUUCGUGCGAUUGCCGGAUUGGGUUUUCAUACUCACGACACUUCCCGCAUACCUGUGCCCACACUCUCAUACAUGUCUAUGGCCUGCGAUAUACAGAAUUUACGCACUGUGUUCACUACAUGGCAUUUGGGAACAGAUGUGACAUUUGAGUACUUUGUGAGCGGAUUCGCCAUCAGUGGUGAUGCCAUCGAUGACAGCAACACUUCAUGCAGUGAUGGACGACAACAAUGUGUCGACGAGUUGUCAAACAAGAGUCGUUUGACACUUAUUUUGGGACCAAAACGCGACAACUCUUCGCCACAACAGUACCGCACCUAUAGAUUCAAUGGCCGCGAGUUUGACACUAAUGUAGCGGACAUUCCUCUGGGUCUUGAGCGCAACGGAACAACUAAUAAGUGGUUCACUCCUUCGGCACUCAUUACCGGCACUUAUCGUCAAAAACACAAACAGAUAAUUGCCAUCAAUUAUAACGAGAAAAGCAUUAAUCGAUUGAAUGUCUUGGAGUUGUCGUCACGACAUGGGGUGAUAGGGAACAGGUAUUGGGAACCAGUGGUACACUAUUUGGACAUUAAGUCACACUAUUAUCACUUGAUUGACAUCAAAGUGUCUUCGAGUGAAAGACAAACACUUUUAAUAACCGAACAAAUGGUUUACCAACUCAUGGAUAACAAUACUCUUCGGGAACUAAUGCAUCCGUGGCAACUGUUUGGCUGCGAAUCGCUGGCACACAGCGUGUCCUUAAGAAGUGGCAGCGAUGGCGGCCACGGAUCAGAUGGACAGCAAUUAAAUCAAAAACUGUUGGCCGGAGAGGGGCACCGCAUCUCAAGACACGUGUCCACCCGUUAUCACCCCAUGUCUGACUCAUUGCAUUUUGUGGCGCGCAGUCAUCCCAUGCAGACCUAUCGGACAACACCGCCCGCACCGCCGCCAUCGCCGGUGGCCGACGACAACACCGCCGGACAGACAAUGAUAUUAGCGGUCGGGAGUGAAUCGCCAGCGAUGGCCACCGAAAUGAUAAUAAGGAGCGACUCGUCGACUGCGGCGGCGAUGAAGAGGAAGAGUUGCGAAGAAACGGAAGAGGAUGUGAGGCGAGAGGAGCGGAAGCGUCGGAACCGCGAGUCUGCGGCCAAAUGUCGCAAGAAGUUGAAGGAACGGAUGGACUCGUGUGAGCGCGACGUCCAUCUACUCAGACACCGGAACCAAGCCUUGCGUAACGAGAAGUCUCUCAUUGAACUCGAGUUCCGGAAUUUGCAACAAGAGUUUGGCCGACACUUGCAGUGCGACCGACACUUUGCCGGACAAGUGGUGACCGCCGGGCCGUUAAGGACGCCGCCCAACAUUGCUGCGGCCGCAGCCAUGUCUUCCAAUAACGGCUUUUCCGAUCACCCGCUCAUGCAUUUGGGAGAACUCAUCUUCAAAUCGGGACAAAUUGAUGGCAAAAAAUGA